CUCUUUAUUGGCACAACUCGGUAAAAAGAUACAAAAGAAAAGAGAGGAAACAAUUAAUGAGUAGAAAUUUAUAAGUCGAAAUGAUAGUUUUGCCGGACAUUUUCCGCAAAUCGACCAUCAUUGUGCCUAUGUUGCCUAUUAUAUUUUUAGGAUAACAAUUAGUCUUAAAUCACGUUGCGUAUAGAAAGACGUAAGUUAUUUUGGUCACCUGGAGGCUUAUUCUAAUUGUAAUAACAGAUAUAAAUUUGAUCCGCAUUUGUUAUGGAUAUAUUAUGUCAGUGUCAAGUGUUAUUACGGUUAUAAUAAGCCUCCUCUGAUCCAUUUAGCCACUUCUGAUACUAACAAUUUUUUUUUAAUUAUGUCACACACCCUUCCUCCUACGGAAAGUGGAGGUAAGGAAAUAAAUCUCCAUGUACCAAAAAGUGUCAUCAAAAAACCAUAAAUAGGUGGCGCUACAAUACCUAGAAUACUUGAAAAAAAAAAAUCAAAUCAUAGACAGCCCACUUCACUCCGUCAAUAGCGCCUAGAUUCUUAGCUACUCUAGCGCUACUCUGGAGAGAUUUGGAACUAUUAUUUAUAGCUGACAGCUGGACACUUUUGCAACAGUUCUACCAUAAGAGAUGUCACUCCUCUUAAUUCCACACUCCAUACUUCCUCCUUAUUUGGUUAAUAACAUUUCGUAACACAUGACAUUGACAGUACGAAGGUUAUUUAGAUUGUGAAAUAUAAUCUCACCAAAACAAGAAAUCAUCAUUAUAUUUGUUAUUUACAUUAUCAAAGCGUCGGUUUGUCGCAUAAUCUGCUUUGUUAUGUAUACAAGAGGGUGCAAUUUAGCUUGAAAAUACUAUUGGUAAUAAAAUAUUGUUCAUAAUAAACUCAGAUCAUAGAAAGUACUAGAUGGCUGACGGAGGCGUGGCGCGUGUCGCCGCGACAUGGCCACAUCGUGGCCAUACCGGCCCGCCGUAAGACAGUAGCAAAUUAGCUGUCAUUGAACAAUGUGCGCGUCAAAUUUAUUGAAAUGCCGAAUUAUAGCGUUAUUUUGUGUCGAAAUAGGAGUGCAUCCAAAAACUAUAAGGAUCAUGGAGUUACAUAGUACAUUUUUUUUCACGUAUUAGUCAAUAAAACCACACAUUUUAACAAAUAAAUCCAGUGACAUAUGAUUUUUCUGAGUCAGACCAUGUUGUCAUACAAACGCGUGGCAAUUUGUCUAUGCAUUCUACAUUGACGCUUUGGCAUGGAAAACUAUUUGUAGUGUCCUUAGCAACGGCGCAAUGCAUUAAACCGCUAACGAUAUUCACAGUGACAUUAUUGUUUCUUGGUACGACCGCCAACCGCUCCCUUCAUUGACGCCGCGAAGUAGAGUGGUGCUCGUGCAUAUAAUUGAUCUUUGAGCGUUAUCGAUAAAAAUGUUUGGAUAUACUGUAUACACACAUUAAAAAUAAUUACUUUCAUACGAAAGUAAUUAUUUUUCAAAUAAAAUUUUACAAUUAUUUUAUAUGCACCUAAUGUUUAAUUUAAUACUUAUUAAUUUGGAUUAAAAAUCGAAAAGGUAAGCCAAAAAAUAAACUGAUUUAAUUAAGUACAAUUGUACAAAUGUACAAAUGUUUUAUUUCAGAAAUAAAAUAAUAACAGUAUUACAUUUAUGCUGGCCCCCACAGUUUCCCGAAAAUCCCAGUAUUAACGAAAAAUGGAUAAAUGCUACAGGAAGAGGGCCCUAACUGGUUUACGAGCGAGAAAAGUGUUAUUUGUUCGGAUCAUUUUCAAGAAAAAUGUUUCCAGUUACAGUUACAGAUAGAAUAUAAAUAUGUUUAAAAUAAUAUUAUAUUGUAUACUUAGUCGAUCCAAAAGUUCUAUCAGAAAGAUUUUUACCGAUAAUUAUGAUUACUGUUUCCUUAUUAUUCGUACAUAUGAUAUAAUAGUACAUUACGAUACAAGUGCGAAAAAUAGGAAAUUCGAAACGAGUGGCGAUAAAUUAAAACACGACCGAAGGGAGUGUUUUAAAUCGACACGAGUUGCGAAUUACCUAUUCGCACAUGUAUCGUACAACGUUUUACAGUACAUAUGGCCCUUUAAAUGUUCGACACAGUAACGUAAUAUGCUACUUCUCGCACUAGUGCUAUAAAGUAGCCCCAUAUGUACUGUAAAAGCUUAUUUAAUGGUGCAUUAUACUUACUAUAUAACAUGCUGGAAUUGCUUUCAAUUGGUGACGAAAUAUGCUAUAAUAAACUGAAACUUUUUUUUUAAUGAAGCGCUCGCGUCUAACGACAAUCCCAAAGUAAACAAAUUAAACAAACAUUACAUCAAUUAAUUUGACUUGACCGUUAUUCGAAGCUUAUUUAAUUGAGAUAGGCUGCACGUUUCCCGCCGGUUAUUGCUAUCUCUUUCUAUACCCCUUCUUCAUUUCUCCCUCCACCUGGCAGUGGGGAUGACUUUGGUUCAUUCCCAGAUUUCAAUUUGUUCUUCAUUGGCGUCUAGUUUCCCGCCGCGGUUGGUCGCGCUCUCAAAAAUAUUAUACAGAAUAAGGAUUAAAAUGUAAAUGAUAUGUAUGUAUGCAUGUCUAUGUGUGCGCGCGCACGCAUCCCAUUACCUACACAUACAAAGUCAGUAAUAAACCAGCUGUGCCUCGGUACGAUUGCGUUUCAUUGCUCCCCACUCUACCCACAUAUAUCUCAGUGGCGACGAGUCGUGUCUUACCCGCGCGUAACAAAAAAAAAACAUGGAGCAUUUUUUCGGAAAUUUGUCUGUUUUCGACCAUAAUUCCCAGGAAUGGGAGAUUUUUCAUAGUCGACUGUUGCAGUUUGUCAAAUUAAAUCAAGUGGGGGAAGACAAAAAGGGCGCGUUACUUUUAACGCAUUUGUCAGAUGAAACAUACCGAUUGGCAAGGAACCUUGUUCAUCCUAAGAAGAUUGAGGAAGUCAAGUUCGACGAGUUGGUGAAGGUACUCGAUCAACAUUUUACUCCGAAGCGCUGUACUUUCGCAGACCGUGCGAAAUUUUACGCGGCUACGCGGGAUAUUGGCGAAAGUAUCGAGCAAUGGGCGGCUCGAGUUCGAGGACUUGCGGUGCAUUGCGAGUUUGGGAGCGCGCUGGAUAUGAUAUUGAGGGACAGGCUCGUGCUGGGGUUCAGGGCAGGACCGGAGCGUGACAAGCUUUUCGAACAGGAUGCUGCAACACUCACGUUCGCGAAAGCCGUAGAAGUGGCUCAGCAGGCGGAAUGUGCAAGGAAGGUGAAGGCCUUACCUACCGUGACCGUUAAGGAAGAGCCACUGUACAAGGCGAGCAUGGGCCGGGCGGGCCAAGCGGCCAGCCGAGACCAGCCUAUGCGUCGGUGUAGUGUGUGCGGUUUGAAAGGGCAUGAGGCUGAUAAGUGUCGUUUUAAAAAUUAUCGUUGCCAAAAAUGUCACAAUAAAGGUCACUUGAAAAAGGUGUGUAGUGCGCGUGUGAACAACAUUUCUGUUGAAGAUGUAACUCCAGACGACCAGGAUUGCAGUGACUGUCAGGAAUGUAAAGUCUUUAGUUUAAGAUUCCCAAAUUAAGUCGGGAGGAGUUGAUAUGUAUGUAUGCAUGUCUAUGUGUGCGCGCGCACGCAUCCCAUUACCUACACAUACAAAGUCAGUAAUAAACCAGCUGUGCCUCGGUACGAUUGCGUUUCAUUGCUCCCCACUCUACCCACAUAUAUCUCAGUAAACCAAUUUGAUUAGUUAAGCAUAAACAAGCUUUCGCAUCAUGGUACAUGUUUUUUUUUAAAUUAUAAGCUUUGUGUUACAUUUUAUCAGUAAAAACCUUUGUGAGAGAACUUAUGGCUCAACUAAUAUACCUUACACGUACCUAAAAAUUCUUAGCUCGUAAAUAAGGUCAAAAAUAUAAAGGAAUAUAAAUUAAGUCUAUGGCAAUUAUUACUUAAAACAAAAAUGUCUAAACUAUAAGGUCAUUUUCAGAACAUGUAAAAUAUCGAUAGCUCUAUCGAAUUGUCCUCACUCUAGUGCCGCCGCUCUAGGCUCCUACACCGCGCGGUUUGGCCAAUCACAGCGCGUGAGUUGGUUGUCUGGCCACGCCUUUAAUGAUGUGGUGGGGGACAGUUGGAGACAGCGAGACUCGUUGAAAUUAUGCUUCGUUAUAAAUCUCCUUACUUCUUAUAUCUAUGAUAAUAAA